UAUAAGCAAGACUCAUGGAUAAUAACCAAGAUGGAGUCACUGGCCAAUCCCAGGCAUAUACAGAUGCAACACUCCUAGUAGGGAAUUUUACCCUCCCAUUUGAGCAAAGCCCACGGAAGACUUCCUGGCUUCUGCCACAUAAAAGACACAGAACACAGAACUCUACUUCUACAAGAAGUAGAAGGUAGAGCCAGCAAGAGAUACAAACAGAACAUCCAAUUCUCGUGGCAGGAGGAUGUUUCUGAGCCUUUAAAAGAAGAGCUUCGCCAGAAUCAGUCUUCAUUCCAGAUGUGCAGCACCAUGAGGGCCCUGGUGCUUCUGCUGUCCCUGUUCCUGCUGGGUGGCCAGGCCCAGCAUGGGUCUGACUGGACCUACUCAGAAGGGGCACUGGACGAAGCGCACUGGCCACAGCACUACCCCGCCUGUGCGGGCCAGAGACAGUCACCCAUCAACCUACAGAGGACGAAGGUGCGGUACAACCCCUCCUUGAAGGGGCUCAAUCUGACAGGCUACGAGACCCAGGCAGGCGAGUUCCCCAUGGUCAACAAUGGCCACACAGUGCAGAUCAGCCUGCCCUCCACCAUGCGCAUGACAGCGGCUGACGGCACUGUAUACAUAGCCCAGCAGAUGCACUUUCACUGGGGAGGUGCGUCCUCGGACAUCAGCGGCUCUGAGCACACCGUGGACGGGAUCAGACAUGUGAUCGAGAUUCACGUUGUUCACUACAAUUCUAAAUACAAGAGCUAUGAUAUAGCCCAAGAUGCGCCGGAUGGUUUGGCUGUACUGGCAGCCUUCGUUGAGGUGAAGAAUUACCCUGAAAACACUUAUUACAGCAACUUCAUUUCUCAUCUGGCCAACAUCAAGUACCCAGGACAAAGAACAACCCUGACUGGCCUUGACAUUCAGGACAUGCUGCCCAGGAACCUCCAGCACUACUACACCUACCAUGGCUCACUCACCACGCCUCCCUGCACUGAGAACGUCCACUGGUUUGUGCUGGCAGAUUUUGUCAAGCUCUCCAGGACACAGGUUUGGAAGCUGGAGAAUUCCUUACUGGAUCACCGCAACAAGACCAUCCACAACGACUACCGCAGGACCCAGCCCCUGAACCACAGAGUGGUGGAAUCCAACUUCCCGAAUCAGGAAUAUACUCUAGGCUCUGAAUUCCAGUUUUACCUACGUAAGAUUGAGGAAAUUCUUGACUACUUAAGAAGAGCAUUGAACUGAGGAAAGCUAAGAGGAAGAUUCAAUAUUAACUAGCUUGAAGCCUGACCUAGCCAGAAGAGGUGGCUGUCCGCUGCAGCCGCACCCUACCUUGUCUAAGAAACCAUGUGUGUCUGGAACACGCUGCUCCCCCUGGGGCAGCUGUUGGGUUUCUGAUUAAAAGAGGGGAAACGAUCAUCCUGGACAGGAAGUGAGAUGGCUUCAGUUCAUGAGAAGGGAUCUGAGUUAGACAUCACCAGUGGAAAUUGAUUGGAAUAGAAACUUAAAGGAAAUGGAACCCUAACUAUUCUCCCAUCAAAUCAUAUAUGUUGACCUGUCUGAAUUAUAAACCAGCCUGACCUUUCCUUUAGCAUUAGAUGUAAUAAAAUAACUUUGGAAAUUUGUCAUUUAAAAAUUUCUUUCCUAUUCCUUUGUAUUACUUCAAAUAUCCCUUCUUUGUUCUGCCCGCCCCCCACUCCUCCCCCUACUUCCCCCCACCACCACACACAGGUGAAGGGAUAGAGAUCAAAGUGGGAGGGAUUUCCA